AAUGAGCGGUGAACAGGCGGAUGGAUGUUUCUCGCCGUCUGCAUUGUAAUGUGUGUGUGUCGGUAACUGAAGAGGUGGAUCUGGCGCACCGGGAGGCCGUGCCACAUUCCGUGCGAGCAAUUGGCUGCGCGUGAACUUUGCGACUUGUUUGUCCGCGCGCACCGGUCACGCACGCCGCGCGCACUCAGGAUGAUUAGCGACAUCAUACACACUUUAGCAAAGACAGCACGGUGUGUGUAGCGGACAUAUCGCAUCACGUGCAGAGAGUAGGGUAUUGGACUGACGGUAACCGGAGAGAUGGCGGAGAAACGGAUGUCGCGUUGGUAUUUUGGCGGAAUCGCGUCGUGCGGAGCCGCCUGCUGCACGCACCCGCUGGACCUGAUCAAGGUGCACCUGCAGACGCAGCAGGAGGUGAAGAUGAGGAUGAUGGGGAUGGCGAUACACGUGGUGAAGAACGACGGCUUUCUGGCGCUUUACAGCGGACUCAGCGCUUCACUGUGCAGACAGAUGUCGUAUUCUCUGACAAGGUUUGCGAUCUACGAGACGGUCAGAGAUAUGCUGGGCAGUGGCAGUCAGGGCCCCAUGCCUUUCUAUCAGAAGGUGCUGCUGGGAGCGUUCGGAGGUUUUACCGGUGGUUUCAUUGGGACUCCUGCAGACAUGGUCAACGUUCGGUGUGUAUUUUGUGUGUGUGUCAUAAAUGUCAACAUUGAGAUGUGA